AUCUGUCACAGCGACUUUGUCUAGCAUUUCACUAAUUAAGAAUCAGAUUGUAAGAAGUUGGAUUUGUUCCAUCAAGUUCAUGGCCCGCAUGGGCGCCCAUGCAGAGGACGAAGUCAGCCACAUACCAGCAGAAGCGCUGAGCUACGAAGCUUUCCGGAGAGAGUAUAUGCUUGCAAACCAACCAGUGGUGGUUUCUGGCGCAACAAACAAUUGGAGGGCGUUUCGAGAAUGGAGGACGACGGACGGAAAGCCCAACCUGGCAUUGCUCCGGGAGAAGUUUGGCAAGUCAGGAGUGCAAGUGGCAGACUGCAGUCAACAUCGGUUUGGCGACCAGGAGCGGUUAACCAUGACCGUCAGCGACUUCAUAAGCUAUUGGGAGCAACACAUAGCUGCACGCGACUCCGCCCCGUGCGCCCUCCCCCCCCAACCACCAAGCGCCAGUGAACCCAUUGAAACUUCCGCUAACCAGCCGAAAUCCCCUGAGAUCCAAAGCUUUCCUCCUCCAGACACACUUCAUUCGCCACAAAACCUUGCACCGCUAAAUAACGCAAGCAUAGAACCACUUUGCUCUCCUGUAUAUCCGGGGAAAAGCAGGGAUCAGGGCCCCGCAGGAGGCAGCGUUCAAGGGGAAGAGGCUCGGUUACUGUACCUCAAAGACUGGCAUCUCGUGGCAGAGUACCCUGGGUAUCGUGCAUAUGAGACGCCCGUCUACUUCCAGGACGAUUGGUUGAACGAGUACCUCGAUCGCCACCCAAUGCAAUACGAGGCCCCUUCUGCCUCCAUGGCAGACGGAGCUUUUGGCUCUGGAACGUCGAGAAUGCAAACCGAGCAGUGCGGUCCGACAGCAAGUGACGAUUCUACCGAUGCGCCCCAGCUUCAUCUAGACUGCACCAAGUCUGCUGAGCUUCCCAGUCCCAAUAUUCACUCAGCGAGUCUGCAGUCCGAUAGCCAAUCAGCACAGCGUUUGCCUGCGCCCAACGAGACUCCUCUAUCAGGACACGAACCUAGCUCCACCCACAACCAAACAUCCCCUCGACCAACCCACUCGGCGUCACAGUCACACGUUUCGCUUCCCGUAAUAAACCCACCGCACGAGCCCACAAGCAACAGAUUGCCCCCUGCCAAUCACCAACCGAGCAACGUUGACUCGGAGCGUAUUCACACCGAGUCGGCGGGGCCCCUUCCCGGGGUGGAGUGUGCCGACUACCGCUUUGUGUACAUGGGCCCCGCCGGCAGCUGGACGCCCUGCCACGCGGACGUCCUGCGGUCGUACAGCUGGUCCGCAAACGUGUGCGGACGCAAGCUCUGGCGCCUGCUGCCGCCGGACCAGGCCUGGAUGCUUUUCGACAGGCACGGGCGGUCCUCGGUGUACGACAUUGACGCCCCGAUUGACGCCGCCCAGUUCCCGCACUUCGCUCAGACGCGCUGGCUGGAGUGCACACAGGAACCGGGGGAGGCCAUCUUCGUGCCCAGCGGCUGGUUCCACCAGGUCACGAAUCUCGAAGAUACGAUCAGCAUCAACCACAACUGGCUGAACGGCUACAAUCUCCACUGGGCAUGGGCGCUCCUCCAGGACGACUACCAUGCCACCGUGGCUUCGAUCGAGGACUGCCGCGACAUGUCGACGCCGGAGGAGUUCGAGGAGCUUUGCCAGCGCAACCUGCAGCUCAACUCAGGCACGAACUACUCCGACUUCCUCGCGUUCGUGGGCACAAUGGCCCUCGACAAGGCCCGCAAGCUGCGCGCGCGGACGAUCGGCGGGCGUGCGGACACAGCCGAUUCAACUGUUGCGGACACGGCGGAUACCGACAUGGCGUCCGACUUGACAGUCAAUGGACGUUCGAUUCUGACCGACUCGACGGCCGCGGACGCUGCUGACGUGGCGUCCGACCUCCUCGGCUUAAGCAGCGCCUGCAAAGUGCUGCGGGAAAUGGGCGAUCAGCCCUUGUACAAAGCCGAGAUAGGAAUUGAUGGGACGGAAUCUAUGAAGGACAAGAAGGUGGAAUCUGAUGACAUUUUGGUGCUUUCGCGGGAUUCAGCCAUAGCGUGCGGCCCUUGGGCGAUCGCAGAGGCCGUGGAAAGCGUUAUGAAGGAGGUUCGAGAACGGACAAAAGUCAAGACGAAGUUGUCAUUACAAAAGGUCAUCUCGUGGAGAGGUAGAGGUUGAAUGUGUGGCUCGCGGAAUCAUUGUUGGCACAACGCGGUCGUAUGUAUAAUCCCAAUGUCUCAC